AGAUUAUGGACUUGGAAAUGGAAAAAAAAAAAAAAAAAAAGAAAGAUCGAGUCUUUGAAACCCAGAGAUGGAGGGUAACGAAACUAACAAUAACAACAAGAGAAGCGAAAUCGGGAAGCCGAUGAUCGGAUUGAUAUGUGGUACGUUGGUGUACUACCACUGUGCGUAUCGGAAUGCCAGCCUUCUCUCUUUGGUUUCCGAUGUUCUCAUCGUCCUCCUCUGCUCCCUCGCUAUUCUCGGUCUACUCUUUCGCCAGAUGAACAUCUCGGUUCCCGUGGAUCCACUCGAGUGGCAGAUCUCUCAGGACACUGCAAACAGCAUCGUCGCAUGGUUUGCUAAUACAAUAGGGGCGGCUGAAUCUGUCUUGAGGGUUGCUGCAACUGGCCAUGACAAGAGGCUUUUCUUCAAGGUUGCCAUUUGUCUGUAUGUUCUAUCAGCAUUGGGACGAUUAGUCUCAGGUUUUACUGUUGCUUAUGCUGCAUUAUGCCUGUUUUGUCUUUACAUGAUCACUGAGAAAUCACAAACGAGCGGCAGAUUCAUCUCUCAGUUUGUAAGGCGUAGUAGCGGCACUUCUUUAGAUUUAGAUUAGCAUGUACAUUGCUUCACAUGUCUUGUUGUUUUCAGUUGAAAGCUGACAAUUGCGUAAAUAUUGAAUCACCCUGCUUUGUAAGAACAUUAUCCAUUAACAAUCUUCAAUUUGUAGUUGAUUUUUUUGUGUAA